AUGGCCCCGAGCUGCAGCCAAGCUAGCGAGGGAUUGGGAUCGAAGCACGCCGAGGCGCAUAGCUUGAAACGCCCAGGAAGGGCAGGUCAGAAACGCGCUAUCCGUGGUCAAAGAGCCACCCAAGAUAUGAAGCGUAUGGAGUACGGAGUACCGGUAUCAGGACGGCCGCUCUGGUUCCCUCUACGGAGGACUGGGGUAGCAAUUCCGUACCAGGGCCCGUACAAGUACUCGUACGCUCGCCGUAUGUUGAGUACACUUGAUACCAGCAGCAGUAAAACCUGUAAUGCAAUACGGAGAUGCUGGGACGCUGCCGCUACUGAACUUGUACGUACUUUACGGAGUACGGAGCACAAGCACAAACGAGAGUCGCGUGCGUGGAAAUACGGCCCUCACCGGAUCCAAGGAUGCUGCAGCAGCGAUACUGUAGCCAGGCCCCCCUCUGCCGUGGUGGAUUGGAUUGUGCUUCAACGGAACGGCCGAGGGGCGGCACACGACUGUACUCGUACACAUACAAACACAACAGACGAAUCAAUGGCCGGCAAGCAUUGCCUCUUCAUGGCCCAGACCAGCAGUCGUGCAUAUCGAUGA